AUGACGGUGGGCCCAACUUUGGGAACCGGCCUCUUCGUCGGAACCGGCCAGGCGCUCGCGGCCGGCGGCCCUGCCUCGCUCAUUAUCACCUAUGUAUUCAUAUCCGCAAUGACAUACUGUGUGACGACUGCCGUUGCUGAAAUUUCAACUCACUCAAUUACUCGGAAUGGCGCGAUGCUCGCUCAUAAUUACCAUUAUACCUCGAAUCAUGUGGGGUUCGCGAUAGCCUAUCUUAGAUGGAUUGGUCUCAGCUUGCUUGUUCCUUUUGAAGUCACCGCUGGGAUGGUCCACCUUGGGCUAUGGGAACCGAGCGCGAGCCUCGCAUUGCGCAUGGGCGGUAUGAUGUCCGUCAUAUUCUUCUUCAAUAUGCUGCCCGAAAAGUUCUUCAGAAGGUCGCAAACGUUCUUUACGGGGAUAAAAUUCCUGGCCACAAUCGGGCUUGCCACCAUCUCCUUCUACCUCGCUAUCCGCGCCAGCCAACCCGGUGCCGUUGUGGGAGGGUUUGAGUAUUGGGCUAACCCCGGUCCCUUUGCUGAGUUCCUACUUCUCGGUGAUCUGGGGCGCUUUCUUGGCUUUCUGUUCUGCAUCCUUUGCAGUACGAUAUCUUUCGUCUUUUUGCCGGAGUUAACCGUGCAGGUCGCCGAAGACCAUGACUCGGAGCCAGGAAAUAGCAUUUUCAGGCGCACCAGGAACAGCAAUCUCAUCAUGUUCAUACUUUACAUGUUGAGCACGUUAACUACCACUCUGAUGGCCCCAUAUGACGAUCUGAGACUUAACAAUUCCUUCAUUGGUGCCGGACUCUCGCCUUACAUGGUUGGUCUCGUUGACUCCAAAAUUCGUUUAGUACCGGCCGUGGGAGGUGGGCUGAUUUUUCUUUCGUCUGUGGCCUCUGGACGCUCUUUUCUCAAUCUGGCUUCCCGCAUGUUGUCUACGAUGGCGGAGACGGGUCACGCUCCAGCAUUGUUCAUGAUUCGCAAUCGAUGGAAUGUUCCUUAUAUGUCCGUCGCCAUCUCAGCAGGAUUCACCUGGCUAUGCUUCCUGUGCAUGGUAAUUUCGAGCUCUGAGGUGUACAACUAUCUGAUGUUUUUCAUAACCACCAUCGGUUAUGUUUCCUGGGUCUGUUCGCUUGUAGCGUACCUGCGUUUCCGAAGAGUGGUCAAGAAAUCAGAAAUCAUGCCUCUGCAUCGAUCUUUUAUCCAGCCCUUUGGGACAUAUUUCGCACUGGGUGGCACUGUCUUGUUGAUUAUGCUCAAUCUCUCGCAAAUCAUGGUUGCACCUCGCCAUGGGCUGAAUCCCCUUAACGGAAUCCCCGCCCAUAUUGCGCUUAACAUGUUUGGUCUUUUGUACGGCGGACACCGACUCGUUGUUGCUGUCCGGAAGAAGGCUACCCGAUUGGAACCACACGUGGUCGAAUACCGUGGUGACGAGGACGAAGAUCAGCCCCAAGACCAAGUCAUUGAAAUGGAAGAAACGCAAGGGCGAAGACCGGAGGACGAAUUAUCGACUACGCCAACGCAUGCUGUCAAUUCUCGAGGAUAGACUGUGGCAACUUGGGUUACUCUUCAGGCAAAGUAACCUAUUGCAUAUCUAGUUUGAUUGAUGUUUUGAGCCCUGUCGUUCUGGUUUCUUAGG